AUGGCAGAUGGGAACUUCGAUGCAGCAACGCUAAGCAGCCUCCCCAGGGAAGAUGGAGCCUGCUACAGCUCCACCACGAAACUCUUCACCAUCAUGCUGCUGGCUAGCUUAGCCUCGACCUCUCUUGCCAUCCUUAAUGAUGAGUCUGAGCCAGAAGAUGAAAUCCACUUGCAGUCUCAGCCCACAGAUGCCUCAGUUCAUCGCCAGCAGCCACCCCAGGAAAGACACUGUGAGGACCUUUCUAAGCAGGCUUCCACCUCCAGGGAAGAGCUGGUUUCUGAAGAGGCCGCUGUGAUCAGAGGCAGCGGGAGACCAAAGAAUCAAGAGCCCGCGCUGCUGCACUCCACACCCCAGGGGGACAGUUUCCGGAAUGCUGCCCCUCGGUUAGAAGAGACUACAGAACUUCCUCCCAGGGCUGGCAGGGGCCGGGGGCAGGGGGAAGAGGCUGGGCAGGCAUUAAGCAGAAAUCGGGACAAAACAAUGAAAGAAACCAUGAAUUAUCCAAAAAGCCUACUCCCUCGUGCCAGUGAAGUCAUGAAGCCCUAA